AUGGAGAGUGCCUUCGCCAGUGCCUCUGCUAUUACUGACCAGAGGCAAAAGAUCGAACAGUACAAGCACAUUCUUUCCUCUGUUAUUUCAUCAAACGACAUCGUUCAAGCCAAGAAAUUCAUCGAUCACAACCGACAUGUAGUGUUGUCGGACGACGUACCCUUGGUAGUGUCGAGGCAGCUAUUGCAGACUUUUGCCCAUGAAUUAGGGAGGUUGGAGCCGGAGACGCAAAAGGAUAUUGCCCACUAUACCCUUGCUCAGAUUCAGCCUCGGGUUGUUUCUUUCGAAGAACAGGUGUUAAUAAUUAGAGAGAAACUUGCUGAACUAUACGAGUCGGAACAACAAUGGUCAAAGGCAGCUCAGAUGCUCAGUGGGAUUGAUCUAGACUCUGGAAUGAGGGUCAUUGACGAUACAUUCAGAUUAUCAAAAUGUGUCCAAAUCGCUCGCUUAUAUCUCGAGGAUGAUGAUGCAGUUAAUGCAGAAGCUUUCAUCAAUAAAGCUUCAUUUUUGGUUAGCAACAGCCAACAUGAAGUGUUAAACUUGCAAUACAAGGUGUGUUAUGCAAGAAUUUUGGAUUUAAAGAGGAAGUUUUUGGAAGCAGCACUGCGCUACUAUGACAUAUCUCAAAUUGAGAAGAGACAAAUAGGAGAUGAAACCAUUGACGAGGAAGCAUUGGAGCAAGCUCUAUCUGCUGCUGUAACAUGUACAAUCUUGGCAGCUGCUGGUCCUCAACGUUCACGUGUUCUUGCUACUUUGUACAAGGUGUAUUUAGAGAGAAUUUUGAGAAAACCAGAAAUCGAUGCAUUUUCUGAGGAACUCAAAGCACAUCAGAAAGCGCUUCUGCCAGACAAUUUCACUGUCCUGGAUCGUGCUAUGAUUGAGCACAAUCUUUUGAGUGCAAGCAAACUUUACACAAAUAUAAGCUUUGAUGAGUUGGGCACCUUGCUAGGAAUUCCUCCACAUAAGGCAGAGAAGAUAGCGUCAAGAAUGAUUUACGAGGAUAGAAUGAGGGGAUCAAUUGAUCAGAGGCUGCAAGCAUACAUGGAUAUGCUACCAAAGAAGACACUUCCUUUGGCUCUCCAAGUUGUCCCAUUGGAGUGCGAGCCUCGACAGCCUUCAGAAACAAUUCAUUCUCAAGAUCAUGCUCAACAAGUGGAAGCUGUCAUACAUUUUGAAGAUGACACCGAAGAGCUGCAACAAUGGGAUCAGCAGAUUGUUGGGUUGUGUCAAGCGCUGAAUGAUGUCCUUGAUAGCAUGGCAAAGAAGGGUUUGUCUAUUCCUGGAAAUGAGUAA